CUUCUCUAUCGCUGCAGACCUGCCGCAGCCCCGCGUUCUUCGCCUCGUUCGUCUCGAGCAGGCAGUCCUUUUUCUGGUGCUGGUGUCCGGCCGCGGAUUAAACGGCCACCAUGUCUAGCAAAAAGGCAAAGACCAAGACCAAGAAGCGCCCCCAGCGCGCAACCUCCAACGUGUUCGCCAUGUUUGACCAGUCACAGAUUCAGGAGUUUAAGGAGGCCUUCAACAUGAUCGAUCAGAAUAGAGAUGGUUUCAUCGACAAGGAAGACUUACAUGAUAUGCUUGCUUCGCUAGGGAAGAAUCCAACCGACGCGUACCUCGAAGCCAUGAUGAAUGAGGCUCCAGGGCCCAUAAACUUCACCAUGUUCCUUACCAUGUUUGGGGAGAAGCUGAAUGGCACAGACCCAGAAGAUGUCAUCAGAAACGCUUUUGCUUGCUUUGAUGAAGAAGCAACUGGCACCAUUCAGGAGGAUUACCUGCGAGAGCUGCUGACCACGAUGGGAGAUCGGUUUACGGAUGAGGAAGUGGACGAGCUGUACAGAGAAGCACCUAUUGACAAAAAGGGGAAUUUCAAUUACAUUGAGUUCACGCGCAUCCUUAAACAUGGAGCGAAAGACAAAGAUGACUGAAAAGAACUUGAGCUAAAACUUUCCAAUUACUUUGUCUUACUCUGUUUUAUUUCCCAUUCACUUCCCCACUCAUAGACCUGUUGCAUGCAACUUAGUUUCACAGCUUUGCCUCUUUUUCGGUGUAUUUAUUCUAGACCUUUCUGCCACUUAGCACUUGUAUAAUCAGACUGCAAAUGGAGAUGAGGUGGUAAAUUGUAUUGAGAAAAAGGAUUGGGAAUAAAAAUCGACAAAUGUGAAAGCCCAGGAAAAUAUAUCCGGUAUUUCUGGUUUUGCUGGAUUUUUACAUUUUUAUAUAAUAAAAAUGCUAUUUUGAAAUAAAGAUUAUGCUGACUCAAAUGUAAUAUAAUGGAAAGUUAAAUAACUGGUAGUUGGUGGUAGUCCUUUUUUUAGAUUUUCAAGUUCGUAUAAUUCAGAUUCCAUAGUAAAACUGAUUGUUCACAUGUAUGGGACAGUGUUCUUCAGUAUAAGUUAACAUCAUUAUACAGUAAAAACUAGUUGUACCUUAGUUUCUUUCAUGCUUAUGGUAAGUCAGAUGUUUAAAUUAUUGAAUGUUAAAUAUAGAAUGUAUCUGAGAAAACACUGAAUGUUUUACUGAUUUGAGUCUAGGAACAUGAGGCAAAAUUCUGAAGAAAAGAAUAGUUAUUAUUGAAUAUUUACAGUGUGUAAAGCAUUACAUGUAGACGAUUUUCAUUGACUCUUCCCAGCACCCCUGUGGGAUAGAAUUUUAUUAGCCCUGUAUUUCAAGGGGAAGAACUGAGCACCGGGGAGUCAAGUGAUUGAUCUGAGUCUCUGUCAGAGCUGGGACUCCAGGCCAGGGCGUCCCACUCCAGAGUGUGGAUUCUGGGACCCCUGUGCUGUCUCUGAAAAGCCCCAAAUGCCUAAAAGGUCAAGAUAUUUCCAUUACAUUCUAACAUAGUUUUGUAGUCAUUAUUGAAAUUUAAAAUAACUUGGGGACAUUGAUUGUUGGAAUAGAAUUUCAGAAAAUUCUAUCCAGGUGAAAAGUAGAGGACCAAAGAUUAUAAGCAAUAUAAUCUUCCAACUGCCUUCAGUUGGAAGGUGGUUCACAUAGUGUAGAGUGUAGACUGGAUGGAAGGUCUGAAAACCAUACAGACAAGGCUGCUAUGAGCUCGCUUAACAUCCUCAAGGCCAAGCAAUAUGAGAAGUAGGAGAGAAAAACCUAAAAAAAGAAAAUCCAUUUAAAAAAUUUCCCAACGUUGUUCAACACCUAUUCCCUCUUAAAUGUAUUGAUGUUUUAUCUCCUUAAAAUCGAUGCAUUUACACGUUGUUUAACAUUUGUGCUUCCGAGCUUGCUGUUGUAGGCAAAUCCUUGCUAUCAAUUAAUUUUUCUAGGUUUUUCAUCAUCUUUAAGAAGAGCAGUUCCACUCUCGUGGUCUAGUUCACGAGAAGUGCUUUGCAGUUCAUAAGAGUUUUCGCACUUAUGACCUAAUCCUCACCGCCCAUUAGGUAAGUAGGGCAAGUAAUAUCCCUGCUUUUCAUAUGAGAGCUAAAGUUUAGAACAGCCAAAGCACCUGUCCGAGGUCCCACAAGAAUAAGAAUCCACAUCUGGCUCCCUUUUCUACUUCCAAGAGUUAAGUCACAUGCAGUGUCAAAACCAGAAUCACCGUGUGUAGAAGGAGAAGGGGAAGCAUACUGGGAUCAUCUUAACUGUCAUUAACAAAUACUUAAUCAGUCACCUGUUAUGUGCCAGGCACUGUUCUCUGUUGGGGAUAACUGGGGGGGUAGGACAAACAAGGACGCCACCCUCCUGGGGCUCAGCUCCUUAGUGGGAGAUCAGGAAGGCACCUCUAAGUAUCGUGGGACACAGAACUGAGCAAGUGCAGAGAGGGCCUCUGAGGUGAGAUCUGAAUCACGAGAAGAGGGUCCCCGUGUGGAGGUCAGGGAGGAUGUUCCACUCACAGGGGACAGUCCUUCCAAGGCAGGCACUGGCAGAAGCACUGGGAGAGCUCAAGGGAAGGACAUAAGGAUGGUGUUUGCUGCGUGGUCUACGUGCAGAAUCAUAGGGCUUUGGGCAGGGAAGAAAUGUGAAUUAUGUUUUAAAAACUCAACCUUGCUGCUGAGUAUAGAAUGGAGGGCAAGAGUAGCAGCAAGAAGACUUCCAGUUAGGAGGCUGCCACUAUGGUCCAGGCAAGUCAAGAGGUUGGCUUGGUCUCCAGAUGGUCACGCAGGUGGCUCUGCUGCCUGACCUAUUUACUCUGCUUCAGCCUUUUCUUGUCACCAGCUCUCUGGCAUCAUUUUAACUGCAUUUAUUCUUUUGCUCUGCUUAAAGGCAGAUUCGAGAAGAUUGGGAAGUUGAAAAAGUUUUCAAGAUUAAAAACCAGAAAAACUGUCUCUUGAAUGCCUUAUGUUGACCUGACGUAACCCAUUCUGUUUCAUCCAUAGUAUCUAUAAAGAGUAGUGGAAUCCAGCACACACUGUAAGGCACCUCAGCUAGGACCUUGUUCCUCUCUGGUUCAAUAAAUAUUAUGAUGAUGAAAACUC